AGUUUGUCCAAUUCAGAUUAUCAAUGCGGUAUAUAAGGGCCUUGUUUUGCCAGAAUGUAUCAAUUUCAAUUCAACCGAAAUGUUAGCUUUUGAUUUUGUUGCAACCUCAACUAGAAUAGCAAUUCUGUGUAUCUUUUUUCAUUUGACAGGAGCAGCACGCAAAUGGGACUACGAGCCUAUAUUAUUAACCACAACGUCUUCGGAUGAAAGCAAGCUAAAAUUUGAAGCUAAAAUCGAACGUCUGGGCCGUUCAGAUUACGGACUUUCAGGCAUUAUAGAGUGGAAAUAUGACACGAACAACGAAACAAUGGUUGAGGCACAAGCGUAUCGCAGCAAUACCGGCGACGAGAGUGAUUACAAGCUGCUACCCUGGGCAAUCCCUAAACAGCCCUUCUAUGAUUACCUCAACACAUACUAUAAGGAUGUGAUCUUAAAAAACUUGGGCUACUGCUCCAAUCUACCCAAAUACGAUGGCAAAUUUCAGCCGCCCUGGCCAAAGAACACCUAUAAGCUCGACAAGUGCAAAAUCGAUGGUGAUGGACUGCCGGAAAUCGCUCCGCCCGGAUUCUACAAGAUCGUAUUCACUAAAUUUGGUCCUGGUCAGCCAACUUGGGGUUUCACAGCCGUUUUUAAGCUAACUAACAAAAUUUUCUAGAUAUGUUAAUAUUUCAGAUCCUUUUUUUUUUGCAAUCUUAUAAAUAAAACCAAAAUUUUUGUUUGAUUUUCACUUUUCAAAAUGGAAUCACGUUAUUAAUCAUUUUACUCCGAAGAGCAUGUUUGUAAUGAAUUUUUCUGGCGUUAUGAAAUCGUUCUACAAAGUGCAUUUUGCAAUUUAAAAAUAUUUUUGGAUUCUACACAAUCCACGUGUCUAUAAAAAUCUGAUAGUAAUGUCGUGUAACAUUGAAAUAGGUAGGUAAUGUAGGUAAUAAUAGCAUUAUUACCCAGUUUCAUAUUGGCCAAAUGGAUUUCGGCUAUUCGUCAGUCUUUAUAUUGUUGGCAAUUGUGCUAAUCAGUAGAUGCGGAGCAGCGGUUAGUUUAGUAUUUAAACUGAUGAACUAUCUUUAC